AUGGACUCGAUCAAGGUCUUCCUUUUUCCAUCGCGAGCGAUGGCCGACCCCAGACAGCGCCAUAUUCCGCUCGCGCUCCCGCCGCAUUCCGCCGUCUCUGGCUACCCUUUGCAGGCGGACCCACACAGCGCCUACGGGCACCGCCACCCUCCGAGAACAAUUCCGCUCGGCUCGCCAACGUCACCCUACCCGCCACACCCCCACGACCACGACCACGAGCCAGAGGCAGGCCCCAGUGCGAUGCGGGCAGGCGGUGCCAACCGCGGGAUCGCCCUCCAGCCCUACACCCCCCAGCCAAGCGGCGCCCCGCCCACAGAAAGCGACAUCAGCGAGUAUCGCGAGCAAGACCGCUUUCUGCCCAUCGCCAACGUCUCGCGAAUCAUGAAGGCGGCAGUUCCGCCGGCGACAAAAAUCGGGAAGGACGCAAAAGAAUGCGUGCAGGAAUGUGUGUCGGAGUUCAUCUCGUUUAUCACGUCCGAGGCGGCGGAGCGCUCGCUCAGCGAAAAGCGCAAGACCAUCGGUGGCGAAGACAUUCUAUACGCGAUGAGCGCGCUAGGUUUCGAUAAUUAUACCGAGGUGCUUAGGAUACAUCUAGCCAAGCUGAGGGCGCACCAAAGCGCGACGGCAAGUGCCAGAGCCCAACAACAGCACGCACUACAGGCCCAUUACGAGGACGAGGAAGAUCAGUAA